GCACAGUACGGCAUGGAUAAUGAGGGUAACUUCUCACAACAAUCUCUCACCAACAUGCAGAGAGCGGUUUAUGCUGGAGAGAUGACAGUGGCCGACUAUUAUGAGAGACAGAUUGAGCUGAAGAUCGCUGAGAAAAAUGGUGUUGAUGAUGGAAGAGCUUGUUCAAAAGGUCUUCUUGGGGCAAUAAAAGCUGUAAGUGAAAGCAGUAACAAUGUUCGUGCUGCACAUUUCUGCACCACUGUUGACCACUACGGCUCGACAUAUGGGGAUCGAGGCUGGGGUUGCGGCUACAGAAACAUCCAGAUGCUGUUCAGUUCAUUACAGCACCACACAGGCUACUAUUCUCGUCUCUUCUCUGGACCAAAUGUCAUGCCUUCUAUAUCACAGCUCCAGAGACUAAUUGAACAAGCAUGGAGAAACGGCUUUGAUCCUCAGGGAUGUGAGCAGUUAGGAGGAAAGCUGUGGAAUACAAGAAAAUGGAUAGGUGCUACAGAAGUGGUAACUUUGCUCUCAUCCUUUAGAAUCAAAUGCCACCUUAUAGACUGCCAUCGACCAACAGGAGCAGAUGGGACACAUCCAGAGUUGUUCCGAUGGUGCCUUGAAUAUUUUUCCAAACCUGCAGAGUUCAAGCCUCCUAUUUAUCUUCAGCAUCAGGGACACAGUCGAACAAUCAUUGGGGUAGAACAGCUGGGAGGAAAUGAGGGAGGACUACGGUUACUGGUCUUGGACCCCUCGCAUUCCCCCACUCAGAUGUCACAGCUCCUUCACACACAGACAGCUCCAGCAGGGAUGAGGCUACUUCGGAAGCCUCUCUCAAGCAUGAGGGCCAAGCAGUAUCAGAUGGUCAUAGUAGUUGGCCUUAUGGAAACAGAGCAAGAAUAUAAGCAAAGCAAAAUUCUUCAAGCAUCAACCAGGAUACCCAAAGAUUGAGAACAAGUUUAGAAGUUAACUGAAAAUAUUAUGUUAGAAAGGUGUUCUGAACGUGAUAUUUCAUAUUGAGAUAAAUAGAACCGUGUCAGUUUGUGAAUCAACUAGUGCAGACCUGGAAACCAAAGCAAAGCUGGCCCACUGCCAAUCUUAGAUUACAUGUGAUAAUAUUCCCUUUCAGUUUUUGUAUCAUGCUGUCUCUGUUGAAACUGGUAAGAUAGAUUGGAGAGAAAUCAGUGGGCCACAUUAGUGAUCUAGCUGCUAGCGAGUGGUUAUUGUGUCUCUCUCUGCUCAUUCUCUUUAAACCAUAUCUUGUACCAAGAGAAUAUUCCAUAGGAUAAUCCCUCUUGAUGCUAGACUGUGGAAAUUCUCAAAUAUCAUGCAGGACUUCCUUUUCUUUUUUUCUCUAUUUUUCUGUGUGGUUGUAAGUCCUGUUUUCUUUCUUUCUUUUUUCUAGGCCCAGUUUCUCUCUCUCUCUCUCUCCUCUCUCAUCU